AUGGAUGAAAUAAACAAUAAUCAACAACAGCAACAACAACAAAAUGAUGUUGUAAUGCCAGGCAUACCAGACGAUAGUACAAAGAAUAACCCACAAGAACUUAUGUUAACUGUUGAGGAGUUAGUAGAGGAAUUGAGAAAGACAAUCAUUGUUGUAGAAGAGUUUCAAACACAGAGUCAAUCUUUAUUGUUUGAGAAGUUAGGUAAAAUCAUUUCAUUAUAUAGAAAGGUAGAGAAUCAAAAGAAUCUAUUCGAUAAUUUAGAGAUACCACUAGAGAUAUUUAGAGUUAUAGAUCAAAGCAAAAAUCCUGAUUUAUAUGUUAAAGAGACUUUACAAAAUUGUUUAGCUGCAAAUGAAAGAACUAAAGGAAAAAUUGAAUCUAUAAAAAGUUUUAAAGAUGAAUUGGAUGGUCAUAUUGCAAAUGCUUAUCCGGAUGAAUAUAAAGUGUAUUUAGAACAAAAGAAUAAAAAUCCAUAA